GCUCACCAGCAUCAUCUUCCCUCACAUUCCUGCCUUCUUCUCAUAAGGUCGAUCAAUAGCUCACUUCUAGUUGUCCAAAAUCAAACAUACUACCAAUACCCCGCCAUCCAGUCCAUUGAUAACGUUUACCCCCCAAUCUGCACCUCCGCAGCACCUCCGGCCCCGAUGCGAGCGUAACCCACCUCAGCUUCACCCAACACCUCCUCCCACUAUCGCAACCCACCAGAACCGCCAGGAAGAAUAAAAACAUACCAAAAUGGCCCACUCCAAACGCAACACCUCCCUCCCCCACUUCACCUCCUACGAACGAGGCCUCCUCCGCUCAACAUGGGGCACCCAGCGCGGCGUCAUCGGCCGCGACUCGUUCCUCCCCUUCGGCUCGUGUCGCCUCUGCCUGCGCCCCGCGCGCGCCCCCGUCGUCGCCUGCGCCACCAACGGCGACCUCUUCUGCCGCGAAUGCGCCAUCAGUGACCUUCUCGCUCAGCGUCAGGAGAUUAAGCGGUUGGAGAAGGAGCGCGCGGACGCGAAGCAGCGGCUUGCGGAGGAUGAGGAGCAUACGCUGGAGGAGGCGAGGAAGCGUGAGUUGCGCGAGUUUGAGCUCGUAAGUAUGGGGUUGGGUGGGGCGCGGCAGAAUGAGAAUCAUAAGAAGAGGAAGGCGGGGGAUGAUGGGGCGGCUGAGGAGGCGGCGUUGGCGGCGUUUAAGAAGAGGGAGGUUGUUGUUGGGGGGAAGAGGAAGAAGGUGUUUGAAUUGGAUGAGGGGGAGAUGAGAAGGGUUGCGCGCGAGGAGCAGGAGCGGUUGACGAGGGAGUUGAAGAAGGAGAAGCUGGACGAGAGCAAAUCGGCCCUGCCCUCCUUCUGGGUUCCCUCGCUCACGCCCUCCACUGACCCCAACGAGAUCGCAGCCAACAAGGCCGUCAAGCUGAACCCUAUCUGUCCUGCGUCGACCGACGACAACAAGCACAGCUACUCGCUCAAGUCCCUCGUCGAGGUGCAUUUCACCGAGGAGAAGGCCUCGGACGGGUCCCCGUCGCGGGUCUGUCCGAGCUGUAAGAAGACGCUGACCAACGGGCUCAAGGCUUUCUUAACCAAACCCUGCGGCCACGUCAUGUGCUCGCCCUGCGUCUCGAAAUUCAUGACACCACACGACGCACCCGACCCCCACGCGACUAAGGAGGAGCAGGCGCAGACGGCGGCGCUGCAUGGUCGGAUUCUUUGCUACGUUUGCGAGACGGAUAUCACCCCGCGGGACUCAAAUGGAGAGGCGGCCGACGGCAGCAAAAAGAAGAAGAAGAAGAGCAAGGACAAGGAGGGGAUCCAGCCUGGGCUGGUGGAGAUCAGCUGCGAGGGGACGGGCUAUGCAGGUGGUGGGGGUAAUGUCGCGGUCAAGAAGGGCGUGGCGUUUCAAUGUUGAUAUAUAUGUAUUGGUUGCUUGGGAGUUAGGCUGUGUUAUAAAUCUGGCUGGUUGGGUCCGGAGUCUGUGGAUGUUUUUACUUCGUGUGUACAGUUUAGGCUGGAGGUUAUUUAGAUCUAUGUCUGUAAUGCUGAAAAUGCUAGUAUGCCC